UGAGUGAAGCAAGUGUGUGGCGUAAGAAAUAAAAGUAACACCUGCGUUGAAAAAUACGAAUGCUUCAAACACUUUCGACAUAAGUUACCUAUUAAUCAAGUUUGUCAGUGCUUCUAAUAAUAAUUAAUUGUCUAGAACAACUACUCGAGUAGGAGAACGUUUGGACACCUUACAAAACUGCAACAAAUCGCUGUCAGCCAUGUCACAUAUUAACGACUUGAUAGGUGUAGUUCGGGGAUUGCGGCUAGUUGCAGAAGCAGCUGGAAAACUGCAGCAAGAGAAUGCCAAGCUAAUAUGGAAUAAUUCUAGCAUCAGACCACUCUUACAAAACUUCCCAACUAACCCGCUCACAGCUUCCAAGCCAAAUCCUGACACUGCCAAAGAGUUGUUUGAAAGGGCCCUGGUGGUGGCGCACGGCUUUAGACAAUAUGCCAUAAUGUAUGUACCCAAUUUCAAUGUUGAACCAGAGAGAAAACAAAUGGAUCCGGAGUUCACUGAUUUAAAUGAUGAAAUUGAAGAGCUAAACAGAGAGUUUAACAAGACAUUUGAGACUUUGAAAAAAGCACAAAGUAAACCAUCAUAUUCUUUACCACCAAUACCUAAAGAAGAUUUUGUGGUGUCAUAUGACGACCUCCAACCACCUUCAAAUAGCAUGGCUGCUCCUCUGCCUCCACCGCCUCCAGCACCAUCAACACCACCAACACCAAAAACAAAAGACUUGGAGGCUUCUAGUAGUUCAAGCACUGGAACCAUAGGAAAAGGUUUACCUAAGCCUGUUGCCAAAAAGAAAAUAAAAGUUUCUUUAAGUGAGAAUUCAAAGGCUCGAGUAGUACCGUCUUCGCGGAUUGGGAGAAUGUUCUCAUUUGGCACUUUAGCUGCUGGCCUUGGUGUGGGUACUGUGGCACAGUAUGCCAGAAACACCUUGCAGUCUGUUACUGGCAAAGCAGAGGAACCAAACAACGCUUUCAUGUCCCCUGCCAAUGCAGAAAGAAUUGUGGACACACUUUGUAAAGUUAGAGGUGCAGCACUAAAACUAGGCCAAUUACUGAGCAUCCAAGAUGAGGCAGUGAUAUCACCGGAACUACAACGUAUCUUUGAGCGAGUGCGCCAGUCAGCUGACUUCAUGCCGUCAUGGCAGGUGGAGAAGGUCAUGAGCUCGCAACUUGGUCCUGAAUGGCGAAGUAAGGUGCAGUACUUCGAAGACAAGCCAUUUGCAGCAGCUUCUAUUGGCCAAGUACAUCUGGCAGUCUUGCAUAAUGGACAGGAGGUGGCUAUGAAAGUGCAGUAUCCUGGCGUAGCUAAAGGCAUCAACAGCGACAUAGACAACCUCGUUGGUGUCAUGAAAGUAUGGAAUAUAUUUCCAAAGGGAAUGUUCAUCGACAAUAUAGUGGAGGUGGCCAAGAAGGAGUUAUCGUGGGAGGUAGACUACGUACGUGAGGCGCAAUGUACGAGAAAGUUUAAACAAUUACUGGCACCUUACCCCGAGUACUAUGUACCUGAUGUCAUCGACGAGCUGUGCGCGCCAGAAGUAAUAACUACGGAGUUGAUAGACGGGACGCCUCUGGACAAGCUGUUCGACGCACCAUACGAGAUUUGUCACGAUAUCGCCUAUAAGAUCAUGCAGUUGUGUCUCAGAGAAAUGUUCAUCCUGCGCUGUAUGCAGACGGAUCCUAACUGGGCGAACUUCUUCUAUAACACGAAUACUAAACAGGUGAUCCUUCUGGACUUCGGAGCAACUCGUGAAUAUUCCAAGGAGUUUAUGGACCAGUACAUAGAGAUCAUCAAGGCAGCGUCUGACGGCGACCGCGACGCCAUCUUGCGUAUGUCUCGCGAAAUGAAGUUCCUCACUGGCUACGAAUCUAAGCUAAUGGAAGAAACGCAUGUGGACACUGUGUUGAUAAUGGGCGAAGUAUUUACACGAGACGGCGAAUUCGAUUUCGGUGGUCAGAACACGACGCGUCGGAUACAAGCGUUAGUACCAACCAUUCUCAACCAUCGCCUCUGCCCGCCUCCUGAAGAAAUCUACUCCCUCCAUAGAAAACUAUCUGGAGUUUUCCUUCUCUGCUCCAAGUUAAAAAUCCGCAUGAAUUGUAGAGAUAUAUUUCAGGAUAUCUAUAAGCAAUACAAAGCUAACAACCGGUAAUGCAUUGUCGAACUUCCGUAACCAAAUGAUAUUGACAAUCGUUAUCUGUUUUCUUAUAAUAAAAAAUGACACUUAAAUUGAGUUUUGUAAGUGUAAAUAUAUUUACUUCGAUAUAAAGUUCCGACUCAGAAUACAAUUGUUUUACCUAACAAUUGUCAAUGUUAUUCAGUCGCAAAAUUAGGCAGGAGAGUACACACAAUCCCUUUAUUCAACUUUUAUCAAAGACUUGUGUUUCAGGGCAAGUUUUUCGAGUUUAAACUUAGUUGUAAUAUGUCGGUGAUGAUAAAAUGUUGUGUGCGUCAAGCUAGCGGCCUCAAAAAAAAAAUGGGCACGAAAAAAUAAUUUGACCAUACCAAAAAAUAGUACUCUUAUUGAAAAAAAUAGUACCUGUUGUAAAAAAAUUAGUACCAUCACGGUUCUGGAUUUAUAGCCAUGUUUUAUUGCACUUGCUAGCUUGACGGUGAGCGAAAUUUGGCGAGAGUUAACGACAAGGUCUUUCGCUUUGAUUUAAACGCCAAAAAAUAGUAUCGAAAUAGUACUCACCCCCUGCAAAAUACCGAAAGUAGUACUUCAACGGUUCCAAAGUUAUAAAGGUAGUUCUUUGAUCCCGCUAGCUUGACGUUUUGAAAAUACCUAUUAUCUGGGGAAUGCUUGCAUACUUCAGUUUGUAACUAAUGUCAAUAAACUCGUAUGAAAUAGUACUCCCUACCAUCAUAAUUUGGACCUGAUUCUCUUUGUAGAAAUAUGUCAAAAAGUCAUUAUAACCUAUGUCAUACAUUUAUCAAGACAAGUACAGUCGCGAACAAAAUUAUUACACAUGGUCAAGAAUGUUGUCAGAUUUUAGUAUUUUUCCCCAUUUUUGGGUAAAAAUUGGUGAAGUGCCAGGGUUGUUAGAUGAAAGUAAUAUCAUUGUUGAAACUCUUUGAGUUAUUCUACAAAUACUGCAAAUUGUUUAUUAACAAACACUUCGAUCCGUAACAAAUUCAACAUGAAGGUAUAAAUUAUAAAAUAAAACAGCAGAUUAAAAAUGUAUUAUGAUGUAUUAAAAUCACAGAUUGUUUUCGAUAAGAACUAGACCCAUGCAGCCAUUUUCUAUUAAAAUUAGUGCAUAUGGGUGUAUGCAAUAGGAUUUUUUUGUAAUAGCAGCACUGAAGUGCAAAGAAAUGGUAGGGUAGACCUCCAAAAUGGCAAUACUUACGAAUAAAUUGUGAGGUUAUGU